AAAGUUGCCCCCGUCACGAGGAGCGGCUUAUGCAUUGAGGUCAGACCGUGUGGGGCAGUGAAGAGCCGGGAGAUGACCUACCUGUGGGUUUCCGUAGCGGUGCUGGGGGUUUCGGUGCUCCUCAGCGAGCUGAUCCGCUCCGCAGCGCGUGUGUUCCCGAGAGAUUACCGGAUUUACCUGCUGGAGGCGGCGUCCACAUUCCAGCUCUGCUGCUGCACACAUGAACUCAAACUGCUGGGAGACUCGGCCCACCUGGAGCUCAGUUACGGCCUGGCUCUCACCUACACGGUGACUCUUGUCCACUUGGUAACUUUCCAGGACGCGACCUGUAACCCCACCGCGGCUCUAGAGAGUGUGUGCCGCGGGACCCGCAGCUUAAGAGCGGCCGGCGUCCUCAUUAUGCUCCAAUUCGCAGCUGCCGUCGCCUCGCAGUCUUAUGUCGCCUCCGUGUGGUCGCAGGGUCUCUCCGACAUUCACCUGCAGCACCAGAGCACUGACUUCAGGUGCUUCGAUCCCCUAGGCGGGACGCUGCUGGAGGCCGCGGUGGUGGAGCUGGCCUGCGCCUUCGUUUUCCAGGCUGCCUGCAUGCACGUCCACAAACUGGACGAAAGACUCCAGGUGCACUUCAUCGCUGCUGUUGUAACGGCAGCAGUUUAUGCAGGUGGAGAGAUUUCCGGAGCCGUUUUCAACCCAGUAUUGGCCUUCUCAGUUCAGUUCCCCUGCAGCGGCCACACCUACCUGGAGUACUGUUUUGUGUACUGGCUGGGACCAGUUUUAGGCGUGGUGAGCUGCAUCCUGCUGUUUGAGAAGAUCAUCCCUUUCCUGUUUGGUGGGAGUACCGUUGGGCUGGACGUUCCUGCCAUCCAGAAAAAGAAGACCCAGUAGGUGCGAGGGGGAAAAGCCGUGCCUGUUUUAUUCCUCAUGUCUUAACGGACAACAGCAGCGCAGCCAGCUUUUGUUUUUCUUUUGUUAUUAAUGCUGCACUGCAGGGUUGCCUCACCUUCAAAAUGUCUGUGAACACAUAAAAAAACAAUACACACUGUAAUGUGUGGGUACUGUCAGGGUAAAACGCACUUUUACUGUCACUGAACAGCAAAUGUCAGCUAAGAUGUCAAAUACACUGUUAGAAAGCUGGCAGCUAAUCAGAACACAAAAGUGGCUUCAGUUUCUCACUAAAA